AUGAUACAGUCCAUCUGUCUUGGGAAUAUCUCGUUACGAAACGCGAGGCAUGAAACGAACGACUUUAGAGAUCGUCACAGCCCCGGCCACGUCGCUUGGCCUUUUGACGACAUGAAGCCAGCUCACUCACAGGUACGCCGAUGUAUUGCACUACAGACUAUCUCUCAGUUUUUUUCUCAUGAGGCAAAAGUCGAGCCUCGCUGUUUGCUCUCCCAGGAUCUAUCUAUUCUGGCUUGGCGCGGUACGAGCGGCUGUUCCAUAAAUAUCACCAGCGGACCCAGGCGACACAUGACUCCAAAGUGGGCAGUCCAACGUCGAGUCGACGGGAUUUUACGGUUUGCUAUGUCUCCGACAGCCUGCUGCUGCUGCUUGCUGCUCCCCCAGGGCCAGUCAGACUCCAGCACACCGCUGCAGCCAGCAAAUGCUGUACGGAGGAGGAUACGUGGAUAUGCUGCGAGCUACAUCGACGAUGGCGGCGGCAAAAGGUAUCGUCUGCCAGCAAAGAGCUGCGGAUAA